CCUGACCCUGUCUGACCUUAAGCUUCAGCCGCUUCUUUGCCCCCCUCCUACCACCCUAACUCCAAACCCUAGCUUCCUAGCCUACGCGUCCCCGAGCGAGCAUGGAUCGGAUCGUCGGUAGCAAGUACAAGCUGGGCCGCAAGAUCGGGAGCGGCUCCUUCGGGGAGAUAUAUCUCGCCACGCAUGUCGACACGUACGAGAUUGUAGCCGUCAAGAUCGAAAACAGCAAAACCAACCAUCCCCAAUUGUUAUACGAGGCCAAACUGUAUAAUGCUCUUCAGGGAGGGACUGGUAUUGCAAACAUAAAAUGGUGUGGCAUUGAUGGCGAAGAAAAUGUUCUUGUUAUUGAUUUGCUUGGGCCAAGCCUUGAGGAUCUGUUUGUUUAUUGUGGCCGGAGAUUCUCACUGAAGACAGUUUUGAUGUUGGCAGAUCAGAUGAUAACAAGAAUAGAGUUUUUGCAUUCUAAGGGGUACUUGCACAGGGACAUCAAGCCCGACAACUUUCUUAUGGGCCUUGGUCGGAAAGCUAACCAGGUCUACAUCAUUGACUUCGGACUUGCCAAGAGAUACCGUGACUCAACCACGAAUCGCCAUAUACCCUAUAGAGAAAAUAAAAAUUUGACUGGCACAGCUCGCUAUGCAAGCUGCAACACUCAUCUUGGGAUUGAGCAAAGCCGAAGGGAUGAUCUGGAGUCCAUUGGAUAUGUUCUCUUGUAUUUUCUAAGGGGAAGUCUUCCUUGGCAGGGUUUAAAAGCUGCCACAAAGAAGCAGAAAUAUGACAAAAUAAGUGAGAAGAAGCUUUCAACACCUAUCGAGGUUUUGUGUAAAACCCAUCCUGUGGAAUUUGCUUCUUAUUUCCACUAUUGCCAUUCAUUGACAUUUGAUCAACGGCCAGACUACGGUUUUCUGCGACGGCUCUUUAGAGACCUGUCGGACCGUGAAGGGCACCAAUUCGAUCAUGUCUUUGACUGGACGCUGUUGAAGUGUAAGCAAACCCAGAAGGUGAAGGCUCAACAGCAAGAUCCUGGUGUAAGUAGCAGGCCGGUUGCAAAGAAUAUGGACAAACACCAAGUUAGUGGUUUACGUGCAGCUGAAGCUUCUUGUCAGCUUGAAGCAGAACAACGCCCAGUAAUCAGAAUGCAAAUAAGAUCUACUGCUGAGAACAGCCGUUCAAAUAAUCGACAUUCUGAUAAAUUGAGGGUGAGUGCUAGCACUGAUAAGGAAUUGCUGCAAUCAACAUCAUUUGGCCAUGCUGGUGCCCCAAGGAAGAACGGAUCAAUCUCCAAAACACCAUGGCUUGUCGAUCCCAACUCAGGACCUUCAAACCACCUUUAGCACUCUGAUCAGUCAGUUCCUAUGUUCAUGCCGGUCUAUUUAGCAACCAUUGUUGUCACCAAACUCCUCAUGAGCAAUCUUUGAAGCACCACUGAUGAUAUAAUGUCGGUAGUGAAGAUGCCUCCUGAAACAUUCCUCUGUGUGGCGGACACGCAGAACCAACAUUGUCAAGCGGAAAGGAAAAAAGGGUUUUCAGAAUUAGAGGGAAAAUGUGUGUUUGAGGCCUAUUCCUCAUUGGAAUUACCCGGGAGUCAGGUUGUAGUUCUGCUAAGUUCAUUAAUGGUCCGUUUGGAUGUCCGAAUUGAAUUGGGUUUUGUGGAAAUGACAACAUGGUUUAUUUCGAAAGGUGUUGGUAUUGCGUCGAAGUGUUUGGGUGCCGAAGAAUCAGUGACAUUGAAACUAAGCCUUCCCUAAAUUCAGAAAUCCGGGAGAGAUUCACGUGUACCAGAGAUAAAGAGGAACUAACGGUGGCGGUGGUCGACAGGAAACAUGCAAACGGCGGUUUUCGCUCCUGCCAAUUCCAAUUCAUCGAUUUCUAGCCCAAAUAUUGACAUCCAAAGGAGGUGUGAUUAGACAUGGCUGUUUCUAAACAAGCCUUAGGACUGCCGUGCUGUUAAUCCUGAUGGCUGGGGAAAGUGUUUGGUGUGCCUUAAUAUUUCUCUCAGUUAAUUAACAAUUCUUAAUGACAAAUAUAUCACAAAUUUGGUAUUCCCUUCAUUUUAGAAUAUAAGGUGCAUAAGUUUUUGUGCAAGUUAAAGUUAUGCAUGUUUGACCAAGAUUAUAGAAUAACACAUCAAUAUCUA